GAGCAGCCAUAGCUGCUUUGUGUUGUUCUUUGCACAGCAGGGCGAUGCCCUGGUUGUUUGCCAUAGCCUCGCCCUUGGAGGAAGGAGGAAGAAGGGCGGCCAUGGCUAUGGUGGACCUCAUGUGAUACCUGCAGUAGAAGAGGGGUUCAGACAUUGAUUCUGGUUCAGCCAUUCAACAUUAUUAUUAUUGUUUCUUGAUUGAAUAAGAGGGGAGGAGAUAAGGAGGAGGAGAGUGGUUGGCGAAGAAGAAGAGCAUUAUCAUUGGUCUAUGCUGGUGUACAUCAUCUUCUUCUUCUUUCUUUCUUCUUCUUCUUUCUUUCUUCUUCUUCUUUCUUUCUUCUUCUUCUUCUUCUUUCCCUGGCUCUCCUCUCAAGUUCAUUCAUUUUUUUUCGCAAUAGGACGGCAUUGUACUUUCUGAUGAGUGUGUACUUCGAAAUUGUCCAGGUUCAUAACAUUGGUAUCAGAGCAGAUUCUACUUGCUGGUGAGAGUUGACUUAUCCACCCUCACCCUAACCUAAGUGGUUAGGGCUGACCACUUAGGGUUAGGGUUGGUCCGAAGUGGGAAGUGGGGCAGCAUGGAUUAGGGAAGCUGCCCCCACCUGGUUAGGUCAUGUUGGGUCAACACUGAACCUGACCAGGUUGAUUGAGAGUGAGCUUGUGGUGGCGAGACACAUCAAGAGGACGUCAUGCGACAAUUUGAGAGAGGCGACAGUGAGAGGCACUCGCACCUGGAAUCUAACCUAAGUGAGACACUUGGUGACUUAAGCGCCUCCCUCAAUUGCGCGAUCUUGCGGGGGAGGUAGCCAUUCUGCAUCUACGGACUGGAAGUUGCUCCUUUGUUCUUCAGCAUCGACGGGGGAUCCGGCGUUGCACUUUGGUGUACGAGUCGGACCCUCCUAAAUGAUAGGACACUAGUGUAGAGGUAGCGAAUAGGGUUAGGAGGACCAUGUGAGGAAGGGGGGUGAGUUAUACCUCAUCUCAGAUUCCGGGCCACUCAGGUAAGUGUCGUGCACCUAAGGCUUCCCCAUUUGUGCGUGCAUGGUAUUGUUUGUCCUGUUGGGGUACUUGUGGGUCUCUUUUCUACUCUUCUUAAGUCUUGGUUGUGUGCAUUGGUGUGCAAACUGCUUACUAACCUGAUGGAUGUAGAGAUGAAGUAUCUUGCUUUGAAUGCCAUAUCUUUCUAUAAUGCUUUGUCUUUUCGUUCUGAAUGGAUGUAGUCAUUAGGUUCUCUUUUAAAGUUGAAAUUCAUUUUUUCAGUAUGAUAGAGGCAGAAAGUAGGACCUUGUGGCACUCGUCUUGCUUGGGACUUGGUCGCGACUUACGUGGGACCCAUUGGGACUCAGUGAGACCAGGCCCAAAAAAGGACCCCUUGGACUCAAAUUUGUUGACACGGGAUCUCGAUUGAGAUGUUUUGCGGAAUGAUGACGCACAAUCCGAUACUUGACCUGCACCUUAUACACCACUCAAUUCUCCAUUGUUGUAUGUUGUUACCUGUAGCCUGAUUUGCUGUACUUUGACGAUGCCGAUCGGAUGAAGCUCGACGGGACCUAGUACUUGGUCUGACGGGACUAAAACGCGGAGUCAUAACUCUUUUCUGAAUUAUCUUUAUUUUUUUAUUUGGUUGUUCUUUAGUCCAAAUAUUUUGCCGCUCCAGCUAGGAGUUCUACCUUCUCUUCUUUUGCUUUCAGUUUGUUUUUUUUACUGAAGUUCCUUUUAUGAUCAUCACGACGCGCGGACAAGAGAGAAGAGAGAUAGAGAGGUCAUGGCAACUGAAGGAUUUAGUACUUCCAACAUGGCACCAGCCAAGCUUUCUGAUAUUCUAAAUGCUCAAGUGGAUGCAGCGGAUGACGAGGAUAAAUCGUUGUACCAGACCCUCUAUCGGAAGGAAAUGGCCAAGGAGAAGAAGGAGGAAGAGGCUAAGCGGAAAGCAAUUGUUGAAGGUCUUGAGACCAUUUUGAAAACAGUCUCAACCAUGCCCAAUGCAAACGCUAAGAAAGAUUUGGUCAGACGUCCGACUGUGCAGGCUAUUCUUUCCUCGUCAUUUUUUCCAUCAGAGGUCAGAGUUGCGCACAAGUUCCUUUUAGGAAUGCAUAUGGAGCUGUCAAAGCAGGCAUCCCUGCAAUACAUCUAUGAGAGGGUGAAAAAUGGAGAUCUGAUGGCGAUGAACCUUGAGGCAGUCCAUCUGUGCAUGCCAUCAUGCAUCGCUCUUCUGAAUCUCUUUGAUACGAAUCUCGACAUCGAUAAAGCCAGUGUAAUCAUAGAGGGCCUGCUUGCAGCAUCCUCGAGAAGAUCUGCAAAAAAGCUGCUACUUCCUUUUCUGCGAAAGCUACUUCUGGUAAGUAUCGAGAAGAGGGAGGCAGGGCAUCUGGCGGAGGGAGGAAUGGAGGGAGGAGGUCAGGUGGACACGGGGCCAAGGAAAGAAGGGGAGGAAGGAGGUCGGGGGAAGGAGGAGGUCAGUGCGAAUCGGGCAGAGGAGGAAGGGGAGGGAGAAGAUCGGGGGAAGGAGGAGGUCAGGCGGAGAUUGGGCGAAAGAAGCCGAGGGAGGAAGGUCAGAGGGAGGUUGAAGAGGAGGCAGGUCAGAGGAGGAGCGGGAAAGGAGGGAGGCAGGGGAAGUAGGGAUGAGGCGGGGCAGAAAGGAGGCCCCAUGAAGGGAGGGGAGGAAGGAGAUCGGGGGAGCGAAUCGGGCAGAGGAGGAAGGGGAGGGAGAAGAUAGGGGGAAGGAGGAGGUCAGGUGGAGAUUGGGCGAAAGAAGCGGAGGGAGGAAGGUAAGAGGGAGGUUGAAGAGGAGGCAGGUCAGAGGGAGGUUGAAGAGGAGGAGGUCCGGAGGAGGCCGGGAGGAACGGUAGAGGAGGCAGGGAGAAGUAGGGAUGAGGCAGGGAAGAAAGGAGGAGUGAAUGCAGAGGUUGGGUGGUGUAUGGGGGGAGGAGGGAAGUGGUCAAGCGAAGGGGGAGGAAGGGAUACACACACACACACACACACACACACAGAGAGAGAGAGAGAGAGAGAGAGAGAGCUGUCUCUUAUACACAUCUAGAUGUGCCCCCCCGGUAAGCAAGGCAUUUCUAGGCUCAACAAAGAAAGUGUCGUAAUUACUAGUGGCUUAAGAAAAGACCAUGGUGUAUAGUAAUUUUGUUGUAGUUCAUAAAUGACAAAAAAUGAAGCAAAGCCUCAUCG